AUGUCUGCAGCAGCCAAGGAUCCCCUGAAACCAUCCACUUCUAAGCAGGAGAGAAAGCUCAGAAAGCCACUCAUUGAACGAAAGAGAAGAGAACGAAUUAAUUCCUGCCUGGAGCAACUGAAAGAGACGGUGAUCAGGGCAUUUCAUCUUGAUCAGUCCAAGUUGGAGAAAGCAGACAUCCUGGAGAUGACAGUGAGACAUCUGGAAAAUAUUCAGAGAAGCAGAACCACAGGUGAGACCUCUCAGACUGUAGACAGCCAGCAGAGAUUCAGCACGGGAUACAUUCAGUGUAUGCAUGAGCUCCACAAUCUGCUACUGAACUGCGACUGGAUGGAUCAAGCCCUUGGUGCACGGCUUCUCAAUCAUCUGUUAAAAUCACUUCCCAAGGCCAUGGAUGCAAAGUCCGAGCUGCCCUAUAUGGUUGAAGAGGGUGCUGGGAGGAUUCCCUCACCCACUAUGAAACCUGAUCCUGACACAAAACCACAAUUUAAUGUACUGCAGAAACAUUGUCCUCUUAUGGGCUCACUGCAGAUGUGGAGACCCUGGUAACCUUGUCAUGCCACCUAAAUGAAGGGGCCUUAUAGAGCAGACUGGGUAACGCCAUAGGCAGACUCACUGUUCCCCUCUCUCCUUAGCAUGUUUAUCCACCCUUACCGUGUGUUUCACUUGUACCCUGCAGUUACAUUGGAUAUAGGAGCAGAGAGUGAACCUGCUGUUGGCUGUAGCUUGUCUUCCAUACAAUAUAUAUGUAUCUUAUAGAUAUGCUUUAACACGUUGGGGUGCGUACCCCAGUAGGUGUACUAAAGACCAGGUGCUUCUGGCUGGAGCCCCAUGUUUGUAGCCUGCAUUGUAGAAGGCUUCCCCUCCCCCCUAUUUAUUACAGAACAUGUAACAUUUCU